AUGAAGUUGUUCCUAUCCGUGGCUAUUCUGAUCCUCAGCGGAAUCAAUGUUUCUGCGGCGACAUCGGCGCAGGCCGCCCCCUCGCUUCCAAAAGAGAAAGGGGAAAUUCAUCCUUCUGACGUCCAUCCCGCUUUCGACGACACGAAGCCACCAACGAAUAAAUCAAACAGCUGUGGCAAGAAGGUAGAUGCUGCAAACGGUAGCCCAACUCCGUUGCCGCCUAAGGAGAAAGGGGAAAUUCUCCCUUCCCAAGUCGUGCCUUUUUUCGACGACACGCAUCCCCCAACGAAAAAGAUAACUACCGAUGGUGCCGCAAAUGGCAGUCCGUCGCCGUCGGAUCCAAAAGGGAAACGGAUAAUUCAUCAUUCCGAAGUCCAUCCGGCUUUCGACGACACAAAGCCACCAACGGAAAAGAUAACUAGCAAUGGUGACGCAGUUAAAGGUAAUCCAACUCCAUCGGAUCCGAAAGGAAAACGUGAGUUUAUACGGAUUCAUGUCCUACCCCUUGUUGACGAUACUCAUCCACCGGCGGGGAAGUUAACCAACACUGGCGACGAAUCAAAGAGUAAUCCGACCCCGGCGCCCAAGGAGAAAGGGAGAAUUGCGCAUUUCAGCGUCCUACCCCUUGUUGACGAUACUCAUCCGCCAGCGGGGAAGUUGACCACUGGUGGUGCCAAGGAUGCUGCCUCUAAUGGUGAUACCUCUCCGCCUGAUCCAAAAAGCAAAGGGGAGAUUAUAAGGAGUGCAGUCCGAAGACUUGUUGAUGACCCGAAACCGCCGACUAAUAACCCCAGCAGUGCUGGCGGGAAGGUAGGCGCUGCGAACGGUAAUCCGACUCCGCCUGAUCCAAAAGGAAAACGUGAAUUUAGAGAAAUUCAUGUCCCAUCCCUUGUUGACGAUACUCAUCCGCCGGCGGGGAGGUUAACCACUGGUGGUGCCAAAGUUAAAGGCAAUCCAACACCGUCGCCGCCUAAGGAGAAAGGGGAAAUUAAGCAUUCCAAAGUCGAACCUGCUUUCGACGACACACAGCCACCAACAACGGUGACAAGCAACGGCGACGAAAAUAAUGUUGCGGCAACCGGGAAAGCAUCUAAAGGGUCUAGGGGAAAGAUGUUUAAUUUCCAACCCACUCCCAUCGUAAACAUUGAUGUUGAACCGAAUCCACACGCAUCACCGGAGGAGAUGCUGAAGGUUCGCAUUCGUGUCCGGCGUGCCGGUGACGACUCAAAAACGUCAACUGGUGAGCCCAGCAGUGCUGACGAGAAGGCUGCAGCAGCGUCUAACGGCAGUCCUUCGCCGUUGCCGCCUAAAGAGAAAGGGGAAAUUCAUUAUUCCGAUGUCCGUCCGGCUUUCGACGACACAAAGCCGCCAGCAGAAAAGAUAACCAAUACUGGGGGCAAGGCCAACCCAACUCCGUCGCCGCCUAAAGAGAAAGGGAGAAUUAUGCCUUCCACCGUCGUUCCCGAGUUUGACGACACACAGCAGCCGACGCAUAAGCCCAGCAGUGCUGAUAAGAAGGUAGGUGCUGCGAACGGUAAUCCAACUCCGUUGCCGCCUAAGGAGAAACGGGAAAUUCAUCCUUCCGAUGUCCCAUACCUUGUUGACGAUACCCAUCCCCCAGCGGAAAAGAUAUCUAUCGAUGGUGACGAAGUUAAAGGUAAUCCAAUUCCGGCUUCGCCUAAAGAAAAAGGGGAAAUUGCGUAUUCCAGAGUCGAACGUCUUGUUGACGAUGAUACUCCUCCGACGAAUUAA